AACCCUUGGCUUUUAAAGUCAAAUGCACCCCCCUUUCCCCCAGAUCCAGAGAUUGUUGUUUCUACACACCUUUGUGGGCAAGCUGGAGCACAAACUGGGAACCGGGAGAGACAAAAAGGCAGAUCAAAGACGAGACUGAUGUUUUGACAGAAGUGCACAUACACACCUCUGUCCUCUUUGAAGUUACGCAAAGGUAGCAUCCUAAAGGAUAGUCCUAGUGAGCCAUUGGCUUGCUACAAACCUCUGGACAAGUCACUUUAGUUUGUUGCUCCAGUCUCAUGGUCAUGUAUCUUCCAGAGGAAAGGCCUGAGCUGGACUUACCUUACCAAAUGAAUUAUUUAGCUAAUAACUAUGGAUAUUAUCCACAAGACUGUAAGGAAUCCCUUUUCCGCACUCAACAUGGCCUCAGUAGCAGGAUGAACAGUCCUGAAGCUGAACUGACCUCACUGCCAGUGCAUGUAUCCCUGCAAGAUCGAGAGCUUUGGGACAAAUUCAGCAGUAUUGGCACUGAGAUGCUGAUUACUAAAUCUGGAAGGCGGAUGUUUCCCAGCUGCAAAGUAACAGUGACAGGACUAAAUCCAAAAGUCAAGUAUGUGCUGAUAAUGGACAUGGUGCCUUUUGAUAACCACAAGUACAAGUGGAAUAAGGAGCACUGGGAAGUGAAUGGUUCGACUGAUCCACACCUGCCCAAUCGGUUCUUCAUCCAUCCAGACUCUCCUGCACCUGGAGAGAAAUGGAUGCAGUAUCCAAUCUCCUUUCACAAGCUCAAACUGACCAACAACACCCUUAACUCUAAUGGCCUGGUGGUUCUCCACUCCAUGCACAAAUAUCAGCCCCGUCUACACAUUGUCCAAUCUCCAGAUGCCUGUAACCCUCACAACUCUGGCGGUUACCUGCGCUUCACCUUCCCUGAAGCUGCUUUUAUAGCUGUCACAGCCUACCAGAACCAAGAGAUCACAAAACUCAAGAUUGACAACAACCCCUUUGCUAAAGGCUUUCGUGACAAUGGGCUGAACAGGAAAAGGUUAAGAGAAAAAGAGAGCCAAGAGACCCAGGAUUCCACUGGGCAGGCCAAACAGGAUUUGACAUCAAACAACCAUGUAGGACAGCCACAGAAGGAUGAGGAUGUGGAUGUGGAUGUGACUGUGUCCAGCUCUGUUGACAGCAGCAGAACACUGAGUUCUUCUUCUGUCACCCCCAACCCUUUCAUAUCAGCCUUCAUAAACUCCAGCACUGGUGGGACACCUUCACCCCAUCAGACCCACAGCAUUCUCAGCCUCAAUAACAGACCCCUGAACAGUCCGAGAGGAGCCAGACCCUCCAGCCUCCACAGUCUGUGUGCAGCUUUGCCCGUGGCCCAGAGCUUCUGUGUCCAGUCCUCCACAGGAGACACCGACCUCAGCAGACUGCCAUCUCAGAUCAGCAGCCCUCUAAACCUUCAGCAGCACCAUCACCAGCACAGCAGCCCAGCCAGAUCCAUCAUCCAGCUCCAGCCUUAUUUUCAGACCCCUCCACAUCCCUCACCACAAUGUCCUGACAUGGAGCUGCCCCUCCCUCUGCCCCCGAAACUGAGCCGGAUGCAACUCCCAGAAAGUGCCCUGAGGAACCCGGAGAUGACCUCAGUCUUUGACUAUGCUAAUCUGAGGCCCCUCACUGACAUCCUCAACAGGAUCCAUUUUCGAGCAUUAGCCUCAGGACCAUCGGGGAAGGUCCUGCCAAAUCCCCCCCAAUCAGAGCAGUACCUCCGUGGCUCAGAACGAGAGCUGCGUCCGCAGAUUUAUCCAGCGCUUCAGGAACACAUCAAUCAGCAGUUCACAUUAAACGGCAUGUGGAGCAGCCAGACUGAACACAGAUCACAGAUGGACUACGUCAGUGCCAGAGCAAGAACUGAAUAUUACUGUGAACAGCAGAUUGGGAAAUGACGUUUUUCAGUCAUCAUUGAAUUAUGACUCAUUUCCAGUAGUGGUCUGAAUUAGUGGUUUACAAAGCAGAGUUGAACACUGAGGGGUUCCCAACAAAAGAAUGUAAAUAUUUUCAGCGGGAUAUGAGGUUGUUAGUUGUCACUACUGUCCAUAUUUAUGUUAAGCCGGUUACUGUCUGAACUUUAAACUGCUUAACAUCUUAAGUCAACAUGAAACCAUUCAGACUUCCAAGUAAUUCUGCAGACCACACUUUUGCCGUUUCUAUUUUAAUUUCUGACCCUGUGUGAAUUUUUUUUUUUUUUUUUUUUACAUUAAACCUAAAUACAGUUUUUUUUAAGUUAUCACAACUAUACAUUUUCUUAGCGAUGUAAAGUUGCCUUUACAAACAGCAUACACUCUACUGACACUGCUGUGCAUCUUUCAGUCUAGUGAAAAAUGGCAAAUAUUUCACACGCAAAAAAGUCAAAUCAAGAUGAAUUUAUUGACUGAUCAGAAACAGAUUUCUUAUUAGAUACAUAUAUUGUAUAUUUAUUUUACAACAAGCUAUAGGCAUUGACUAUAUGCACUGCUAUAUAACAUUCUCAGUAUGAUUGUUAGUGAUGGAAACAUCACACAACUCUAGAACAUCAGCUCUCGUUAGUUUGAUUAAUCAUAGAAAAGUUUUUCGAAGCCUGAAGUUGAUUUUAAAUGUGUGCAACAUCUUAUAAACAAUGGCUAUAUUUUUAAAGCAGUUCCCCUUUUCCCAGCUGAAACAGAUAUUGCUGUAAAAUAACAAACACACUUUAUUUUGAAAUAUGAAAAUUGAACAUCAAUUUGAAUGAACUUGUUUCUGACAAAGAACAUUCGUUCACAAAUUAUUUUUCCAAAGUGUAUUGUUGUAAAAAAAAUGUUA